AUGCUAAAGGCGUUCAGAAGUGUCAUUAGUGAACCAACGUCCGGGCGAUGGACAGGCUCGUUUGUAUUUAUGCAUGGAUCAGGUGGAACAGGGCAUGACUUACAAGAUGACAUAAAAGAAGGCCUUCACCAUGAUUUUAACUUUUCCCAUAUAAGGGUUAUCUUUCCAACUGCACCUUUACAACCCUACAGAUUGUUAGGCGGCGCACUAUCCAAUGUGUGGUUUGAUCGUUCAUCAUUAAGCCCCAGGGGAACAGAAUGCUUGUCUUCAAUCAACCAGAUGGCACUGCAGCUCAAGAAGAUGGUGCAAGAAGAAGUGGAUGCUGGUGUUCCUGAAAACAGGAUUGUUAUAGGAGGAUUCUCUAUGGGGGCCAGUAUGGCUUUGCAUCUUGGCCUGAGAUUCUUGCCGAAUGUUGCAGGCAUUGUCUCUUCAAGCACUUUUCUUUAUAACACCAGUGAAAUCUACACCGUGCUGGAGAAUGAGAAGUCUAUACGCCGACCUCCAGUGUUGAUGUGCCAUGGAGAUCAAGAUGAACUUAUUGACCUUCACUGGGGCAAGCAGACGUACAAACGUCUCUCAGAAUUGGGUGCUGAUGCAACAUUUAAGACCAUGCCUGGUCUUGGACACAGCUUGAAUUCUCAGGUGCUAGACAUUGUCAGGUCAUGGGUGAUGGAAAAAGUGCCAGACAGUUAA